CUGCCGCCUGCCACCAGGCUGAGGCUGCCGAGCUGCUGCUGCAGCGGGGGGCCGACCUGCUGGCGGUGAACACGCUGGGCGAGGGGUACGACCUGGUGCACAUCCCCAAGCGCUCCACGCCGCUGCACGUGGCGGCGGCGCAGAACAGCCUGCCCUGCGCGCUGGUGCUGCUGAGGCACUAUCACGAGCGCCUGGCCAGCCCCUCCUACCCCGACCCCAGGAGGAAGCUAGACGUGCUGGGCCGAGCACCCUACAAGGUAGCUCGCGCCCGGGGCAACUGCGGGCUGAUCGCGGAGGUGAUCCACCCGGCGGCCAACCUGGCUGCCAUGUUUGGGGGCGGAUCGCUGCGAGGCGGCACAGCAGCAGCAGCCCGGGGUGUGCCCCGACUGGCGGUGCUAGCAGGUGCGGAGGUACGGCGGCAGCUGCUGCGUGACGUGGCGGCUGCGGAGGCGGCGGUUACGGAGUACCAGAGCCGUUGCGCCUCACCCGCCGCCGCCUCCUCCGCUGCAGCAGCCGCCAACACUUUCACCUCCUCCUCCUCCGCGUUUGCGAGCGUAUCCGCAUCCGCCUUUCCCCCCUCCGCCUUUGCCUCCGGCCCGCCUGCCUCCGGCAUUCCAGAGCAGCUGCUGAUGCUGCCUCCACACCUGCAACCGCACCUGCAGCACAUGCAGCAGCAGCAGCAGUCGCCAUUCCAGAGGGCGUCUGAGCCGCCGCCGGACGGCCCUCCGGUGCCGGCACUGCUGCCGCCGUCGCAAGCGCAUACACCCCUUUUGCAGCAGCAGGGGGGGCAGGGGGAGGGGAUACAGCAGCAUGGGGUGCGGGGGGAGGGGGGGCAGGGGCAGGGGUGGCGGCCGCACCUGUCCACCGUGGUUUCGGAGUCCCUAGAGGAGGUGAGUUCGGGUGCGCUGUUGACUGGUGGAAGGACGCAGUCCAGGGAUGUGGGGCUGCUAGGAGCGGGACAGCAGCAGCAGCAGCAGGGGUUGCAGGGACAGGAGCAGGGCGAGGGGCAGGAGCAGGGUCAGGGGGUGCAGGGGUGUGCUGCAGUGGUGGCGGGUGCGCCACACCGCCGGUCGCUACCUCGGUCGCUAAGCGCUUCAGACUUGCAGCAGCGGCAGCAGCAGCACUGGCCAACCCCGCAGGACUGCCAGCCCCAGCAGCAGCAGAGGGAGCCGCAGGGGGAGCACCAGCAACACCUGAUGCGACCGCUGUUGCACCCGCAGCGCUCUUAUCCGGUGGCCCGGACGCCGCAGCGCCGGCGGCAGCAGCAGCAGACGCCGGCAGGAGCACAGGGGCAACAGGAGCGGCAGCAGCAGCAGCAGCAGGAAAUAGAGGCAGCAGUGCAAGCAGAUGGAGCAGACGGGGUGUCAUAUGGCCGUGUGGCGCCCCUCCAACACCAACAUGCGGCACAGCACCAGCAGCAGCCACUAGCCCCCCAAGCGGUGGAGCUGGAGCUGAACUUGACCCCCUGCGCUGCCUUGCAACCCGACCAACAGCUGCAGCAGCAGCAAGGGCAAGAAGAACAGCAACCACAGCAGCGACAACAAGAGCAGCAGCAGCAGCAACCCCAGCCGCAGCCCCCAGCCCCGGAGUGCUGCAAGGUUCGCGCCACAAGCCCCUUCGUGCGCCGCAGCUGCGGCUUCGUGGAGAACCAGUUUGCACGCGCCCCGCUGCAGCCCAUGAGCUGUUGUGUGGUGUGUUUGGAGGACGCGGUGUGUCUGGUGGCGCAGCCCUGUCACCACCGGCUGUGUGCGGGGUGCGCGCGGGACGUGGUGGGGCGCUGGGGGGCGACGGCGCCGCUGCAGUGCCCCAUGUGCCGAGCUGUGGUGGGGCAGUUUACAAGUCCGGUGUGCUAGCAGGGUGGGAGGAGCGAGGAGGGGUGCUGGAUGUAGCUAGGUUUCAUGCGUGCGCGUGCGCACUUGCGCGGUAGUAUGUGAUUUCUUCAUGUGUUAUCUGGUGUUAUGUCUUCAUGUGCUAUUUUGGUACCGGUACAGCAAUUCCAGGAGGCCGAUAUGGCAUUCCGGGUUGGGCCUUCCUCUUGUGUUGCUGCAUGGAUGGAUUGGCGCCGUGCGGCAGUUGUUAGUUAGGUGCUACAGCGGGCAGAGUCCAAGGAUUUCAAAGAUCCCCCACGUUUUGUCGUGUGCUGUGGUAAGGAUAUCAUGCUGGAGUGCUUGGAGUGUUUGGUUUUGUUCCUUCUUUUGUCGGGGUGAGAUGCCCUGCGCAAGCCUGUCCUCGUGCGCCCGUAUGAGGACCCACGGCUCUGUGUUGUUUUAGGCGGUUUGGCUGUUGCCACAGCCGAGGGCAAACCCUUGGUGUACCCGAUUGCAACUUAUUUACAACUCCACUUAGCACCUGAUGGCAGGCACUGUAGUGGUCACAUGCCGUCUCUAGUCGUGUGGGUAUUCAGGUGCGGUCACCCCCGGGCUUCCGGGGUUGGUACAAGGCACCUUGUUUAGGGCGGCUGUACUUCCGUCCGCCGGUUUCGCUGGUUUUGUGGAGCGUUUUAUUUGCAUUUUAUUAUGUUGUUGUUGUUGUUGAUUUAGCGCCCCGGUUCUGUCCCGGUCCUGUCAUACUCGGACGCUCCUCUAACCGGACACCUCUUACACCUGCCUUUCUCUCAGUCCCGUCGCUAGAAAUGCGUCCGUCUUACGCCUGCGGAAGGGCCUCCAGGCGUUUGUAAGUCGCGUUUCGAA